GUUGAUAUGAGAAAUUUUAAAUUCACAGGGAAAUAUAUAUCCAAAACAAAAAAAGUUAAACAUCAUAGUGACGAAACAUUCUAAAUGGUUACUAUGUGUAAUUGCCUCCACUCACCCAACUGCGUCACAAGACAAGACCUCACAUGGAAUCCUCAAGGCCAAAGGAAAAGAGAAAGACCAAAGAACACAUUAUGCCGAGAAAUGGAAAUAGACAUGAGAAAAAUUAACAAGAAUUGGAUGGAACUAGAAAAGAAGGCCGAGGACAGAGUGGGUUGGAGAAUGCUGGUUGGCGGCCUAUGCUCUAUUAGGAGUAACAGGCGCUUGGGACCAGCACUAGCCUCAGAAGGGCUUCAGGCGGAAUCCUCAAGGUCAAAGGAAAAGAAGAAGACCAAAGAACACAUUACUCCAACAAUUGGAGACAGACAUAAGAACACUGAGCAACAAUUGGAUAAAACUAGAAACGAAGGCCCAGGACAGAGUGGGUUAGAGAAUGUUGGUCGGCGGCCUAUUCUCCAUUCGAGGUAACAGGCGUAAAUUUCAUGAAAAAAAGUGCAGCUUAAAGCACAUUACAGAAACUUUGCAUUUAUUAAACGAAUUACACAAUGUUAACUCAAGUUAAAAUACAUAUUUACUCUGGAGUUGUUAAAUGUCUUCAAUGAGAAUGUGUAAUCAUCCCUAAGAUUCCAUCGAUCAUAUCGUAUAAUUGUAAGCAUGUAUAUAUAUAUGAGUCGGUGUUCAUAUCCUCUGUGAAUACAAAAAUGUUUGUAAAUAUUCACAAGCGAUUGAUUUUUACAAGAUCUUUCAUGAACAUUUGCCUUCAUAUGUUACAUCCCGAUGAGAAUAAUGAUUGGCAACUUUUGGGAUCCAUUUAUGGACCAAUACUAUGAGUAUAUUUUUAUCGUAUAAUUGUUAAAUGAACUAAACUAUUCAUAUUCAUAUCCCUCUUAUUAUGAGUAUUGUUUUGACCUAUGAACUAUUAUUAUACGAUUUACCAUUCAUGAAUUAUUCCCUAUCUGUUAAUCACUACCUCUCUCAUUCACAGCCACUUUUGGCCAAAUAUUGUACAAAUGUUAUUUUCUGUUUUAUGGUACGUUGUGGUCGGUUUGAUUGGUAUAUAAACCCCGUAUGUUUGAGAUAAAUGAUUCAUAUUGCAGAGGCUGAGAUUGGUGU